ACCGGAGCCGCGAGCGCCACCAGGGCAGCAACCGCCGCAGCCGCCGCCGCUGGGCUGAGGAGUCGGAGACGCAGGCGGACGAGGUGGCGGCGGCGGCGGAGCGGGAGCGGGGACCGGGCGCGGGCAGAGCGCGGCGGCGCGGCAGUCCUUCGCUGAGGUGUUCGUGUGUUGCACGCUAACAGGUUCUUACCACCUUCAGAGAUUUCUGCUGGCUGAAUGCCCAAGCUUAUGUCAGAGAAGGAAGCUCUGGUUGCUUGGAAUGAAAGAGAUGAGAAAACUGGCUGAGAGAAGUUGUGACUUGCUCAAGGAUGCAGAGAUCAGGCGAUAGGUGUAUUCUAGAGAACAAGUCUUCAAACACCUUUGCCAUAUUGACUCUGAGCUGUCAGGGGACUCAGGCUUAUGAGGAGGUACUGUCACAGAAAACAGUGUCUAGUGAAGACAACAAGAAAGAGGGAAAAGGAUCGGAAGAAGAAGCUAAAAUACUGUAGAAAACCAUGAGAUCUAUUAGAUCUUUUGCCAAUGAUGAUCGCCAUGUUAUGGUGAAACAUUCAACAAUUUAUCCAUCUCCGGAGGAACUUGAAGCUGUUCAGAAUAUGGUGUCUACUGUUGAGUGUGCUCUUAAACAUGUCUCGGAUUGGCUGGAUGAAACAAAUAAAGGCACAAAAGCAGAGGGUGAGACAGAAGUGAAGAAGGAUGAGGCUGUAGACUCCUAUUCCAAGGAUCAAGGUGGUCGGACAUUAUGUGGUGUAAUGAGGAUUGGCCUGGUUGCAAAAGGCUUGCUGAUUAAAGAUGAUAUGGACUUGGAGCUGGUUUUAAUGUGCAAAGACAAACCCACAGAGACCCUGUUAAAUACAGUCAAAGAUAAUCUUCCUAUUCAGAUUCAGAAACUCACAGAAGAGAAAUAUCAAGUGGAACAAUGUAUAGAUGAGGCAUCUAUUAUAAUUCGGAAUACAAAAGAACCCACGCUAACUUUGAAGGUGAUACUUACUUCCCCUCUAAUUAGGGACGAAUUGGAGAAGAAGGACGGAGAAAAGGUUGCGAUGAAAGAUCCUCCGGACUUAUUGGACAGGCAGAAAUGCCUGAACGCCUUGGCGUCUCUUCGACAUGCCAAAUGGUUUCAGGCAAGGGCAAAUGGAUUAAAAUCAUGCGUAAUUGUCCUCCGAAUUCUGCGUGAUUUGUGCAACAGAGUCCCCACAUGGGCACCAUUAAAAGGAUGGCCACUAGAGCUUAUAUGUGAAAAGUCUAUAGGUACUUGUAAUAGACCUUUGGGCGCUGGGGAGGCCUUGAGACGAGUAAUGGAGUGUUUGGCAUCUGGAAUUCUACUUCCUGGGGGUCCUGGUCUUCAUGAUCCUUGUGAGAGGGACCCAACAGAUGCUCUGAGCUAUAUGACCAUCCAACAAAAAGAAGAUAUUACCCACAGUGCACAGCAUGCUCUCAGACUAUCAGCCUUUGGCCAGAUCUAUAAAGUGCUGGAAAUGGACCCCCUUCCAUCUAGUAAGCCUUUUCAGAAAUAUUCCUGGUCAGUUACUGAUAAAGAAGGUGCUGGGUCUUCAGCUCUGAAGAGGCCAUUUGAAGAUGGAUUAGGGGAUGAUAAAGAUCCCAAUAAGAAGAUGAAACGAAACUUAAGGAAAAUUCUGGAUAGCAAAGCAAUAGACCUUAUGAAUGCACUAAUGAGGCUAAAUCAGAUCAGGCCUGGGCUUCAAUAUAAGCUCUUAUCUCAGUCUGGCCCUGUCCAUGCCCCAGUCUUCACAAUGUCUGUAGAUGUGGAUGGUACAACAUACGAAGCCUCAGGACCAUCCAAGAAAACAGCAAAACUUCACGUAGCAGUGAAGGUACUGCAGGCAAUGGGAUACCCAACGGGCUUUGAUGCAGAUAUUGAAUGUAUGAGUUCCGAUGAAAAGUCAGAUAAUGAAGGCAAAAAUGAAACAGUGUCUUCAAACUCAAGCAAUAAUACUGGAAAUUCUACAACUGAAACCUCCAGUACCUUAGAGGUAAGAACUCAGGGCCCUAUCCUCACAGCAAGUGGCAAAAAUCCUGUAAUGGAGCUCAAUGAAAAAAGAAGAGGUCUUAAGUAUGAACUCAUCUCGGAGACUGGUGGAAGCCAUGACAAACGCUUUGUAAUGGAGGUAGAAGUAGAUGGACAGAAAUUCAGAGGUGCAGGUCCAAAUAAGAAAGUGGCAAAGGCAAGUGCAGCUUUAGCUGCCCUGGAGAAGCUGUUUUCUGGACCCAAUGCAGCAAAUAAUAAGAAAAAGAAGAUUAUCCCUCAGGCAAAGGGUGUUGUGAAUACAGCUGUGUCCGCAGCAGUCCAAGCUGUUCGGGGCAGAGGAAGAGGAACUCUAACAAGGGGAGCUUUUGUUGGGGCCACAGCUGCUCCUGGCUACAUAGCUCCAGGCUAUGGAACACCAUAUGGUUACAGCACAGCUGCCCCUGCCUAUGGUGGUUUUUUCAUUGACAGCCCCUAUUGCCAGCCUCUGAGCGUCGCACCAUUUAUUAUUCACUUGGGCCCUCAAGAUUUCUUCUCUGACUUCUAGAACCAUCAGGUUAAUACUUUUAAGCAGUUUUCAGCACGUUUAUCUCACUUUAUUCUCGUUCUCCUUGGACCUUCGUAGCCAUAUCACUUGUAUAAAAUAGGCUGAGAUAUAGUGACUGUAAGCUGUGGUCUCAGUAUACAAAGGUAAGCUCUUUUAUUUUCUGAUUAAAGAGAAAAUUAAAAAUCGAUGAACACAACAUGCAUAUAUGACAAUCAUAUAUGAUGUAUUUGAUCUCUUAGGUCUUAUAUCACAUUACUUAAAAAUUUUUUAUGAUCUAAAUGUGAAAUAAUUAUUUUCAGCAUUUUGUUUUUAAUACCCUUAUAAAUACUUUGAGAGACAUUUCACUUUUGAGUUAAGUGUGUGUAUGUAUAUAGAAACUUAAAACGUAUAUGCGAAUUACACACACUUACCUGUUUAAAUAAAAGAAUUCGGUGGUGGGAAGUGUUCACCUAAGAAGAUUUUUACGUCAGGGCACUCUUGGCCAAAGUGCUGGAAUUUCAUAAGCAGCAAGAUUGGUAACAGUGCCAGUAGGAACCAUUUAUAUGUAGCUGUUACAUAAGCUGAGGAUCAAAGUGCCAAUUUCUCAAGGGGAGAGACUUCUCUGAGAAAUGAAUAUUUCUGAUCUGUGUUGUAUACCCUAAUACAACAGCAGCAAGAAGCCAUUAAAAAAAAAAAGCAAUAGGAGAUGAAAAACACCAAAAUAUUAAGGUAACUAUGGAAAAAUAUAUAAUUGACUGAGUUAAGCUAAGUAUUUGUAGACUCAAUUAUGGCAAGACUUAGAAUGGUAAAUACCUGGUGUGCAGAGACCAAAUAGAUGUAAGGCAAUUCAUCUGUCUUUUCCAGGUUAGGUAGAUGAUUUAUUUCCUACCUGAUUCAACCGUCAUGGAGUUCAUUUAAAAGAUACAUGAGGGUUAGGCCAAAUAUUUUUAAAAGGAUUUGCUUCUUCAUUACGUGUAUUCAUUCCAUAAAUGCAUUUCAUAUGUGUUAGAUGUUCUGUGCUAAGGUUGU